AUCAUGUCCUUUUUUACUAGUACCUAUACAGAAGUCUUUGCAAUCACAGAAGGCCCACUACUGCAUGAUCCUCUUGCUGUUGUGGCAGCAACACACCUAGAGAUAUUUGACGACAGAGAUGGUGAACGCUUCAAUGUAGACAUAGUAACCGAAGGUGUUCACUCGCUAACUCAAGCGGAUGUGGGCGAGCUGGGACGAACCAAAGCUACGAAAUUGCCGCCCGGAAAAGGCGGCUGCCGGAUUCCGCGGGGCGUGGACCUCCCUAAAUUCUGGGGUUUGAUAGAGGAUAGUCUGAAGAUGUCAAGAUCUGAUGUCAUUACUUAG